CGAGUGAGGCAGCCUCGGCGACCGAGCGCCCAGAGGCGGUUGGCCGCCCACCUUUCCCCUGCCCCGCCGCCGCCGCAGUCUCCGCCCGCCGGGGAGGGCGUGCUCGGCGGAGCCGGAGCCGAGGGUGGGGCGCCAAGAGGGAGGGGACCCCGGCCGCGCAGCUUCAGUGCUCUCAGUGGCACCGGCAGCAGCAGCAGGUGGAGCGAGCUUCGCGGUGAGCAGCUCUUGGCCUGAGAUCCACUCCAGCGGGCCUGCUGGGCUGGAGCCCGUUUGCCCGGGAUCCUGAGCCGCUUAGACACAGGAGACACUAGAGUCCCACCCCUAGUUUCCGGGGUACUUGGAUUACCGAGGUUGGUGGGCCGGGGGGCCGCCGGAGCCCGGCGCGCCUAGGAGCGCACGGCAGCUCUGGAAACCGCAUCCGGGGCGCAGGACCAAGGGAACCUCGCUCUUCUCGGCUACCUAAAGACCUGUUUUCCCGGGAAAGAGCCGCUGCUGGAUCUGGGAUUUGGGAGGAGCUCGGGGUUCCCCCCCGCCGCCCCCUUCCCGGGCACCUAGCUGGACGCUCUCGGUUGGCGCCCAGGUGGCGCGGGAGGGUCCUGAGCGGCGCUCUCGGCUCUCCUGUGCCUCUUAGACGCGGGAAGCAGAGGGGGCUCUUCCCUGGGAUUCCGUGGCUCGCGCGGUCCUCCGAGGAGUCCUCGCACCCCCGCGUCUUGUCUCGAGAAGCUGGCUGGUUGGCACUAACUGAAGAAGUUCGCUAUUGAUUUGGUUUCUUCUUCGAUUUGGGGACAGUUCCCGCCAACGACGCGCGACGCACCUGUCUUCGCGGACGAGCUGGCGUCUCAGGUCGCCGGAGCCUGCGGGAAUCCUGCCCCUAUCCCAGACCCGCAGGGCUCUCCGCUGGCGUGCCUCCUUCCUAGCCACUGGCCUCGAGCGGAGGGUGCAGACCUGGCUCCUGCUGUCCCCCGCCUUUUGAGGGAGUGCGGUCCUCCAGAGGGACUUCGGCCUCCUAGGCGCUGCUUUGUGUGUUGGUGUUGGGGUGCGCGCGGCCCCCCGCCGGCCGGCCAUGGCCUUCACUUUCGCUGCUUUCUGCUACAUGCUCUCGCUGGUGCUGUGCGCUGCCCUCAUCUUCUUCGCCAUCUGGCACAUAAUUGCCUUUGAUGAGUUAAGAACGGAUUUUAAGAGCCCCAUCGACCAGUGCAACCCUGUUCAUGCGAGGGAGCGGCUGAGGAACAUUGAGCGAAUAUGCUUCCUUCUGCGAAAGCUGGUGCUGCCAGAAUACUCCAUCCACAGCCUCUUCUGCGUCAUGUUCCUGUGUGCUCAGGAGUGGCUCACCCUGGGGCUGAACGUCCCUCUACUUUUCUAUCACUUCUGGAGGUAUUUCCACUGUCCAGCAGACAGCUCCGAGCUCGCCUAUGACCCACCGGUGGUCAUGAACGCAGACACCUUGAGUUACUGUCAGAAGGAGGCGUGGUGUAAGCUGGCCUUCUAUCUCCUCUCCUUUUUCUACUACCUUUACUGCAUGAUCUACACUUUAGUGAGCUCUUAACUCGAAGACCACGCACAUCCACAGAGACUGAGAUGGGAGAGGCCCGAGGCUGUGCAGUCCAUCCUGCUGGUGACGGGAGCAGGGACCAGUGUGGGGAUGUGACAGACAGAGAUGGGCAGAUACUCGGAAUUGAGAGCCGGAAGCAGGCAGCAGCCAGCGGCCGAGCCAGCCCGCUGUCACAUGUGUUUUGCCCUGUGUACCAGCCUUCCGCAUUCGCACCCCACACUUGGCCUGUAGAUCCCUUCUGGGCAGCAGGGGCACGUGGGGUGAUGAAACACGAAACCUCUUCUGAAUGAGAAUUGCUGCUUCCUGAAUCCCCUUUAAGGAAAGUCUCCCUGAAGUUCAUGCUGCGUUCCUGGUCUGUGGGUGUGAUGGCUGGAAGGCUGGAGGGUGCCCUCCGAGGAACUGGGUGACCCAGAAUCAAGGCUGCGUCUGUGGGACCGAUUGAAGAUGGAUGUCAUGGACUUACCUGAGACUCUUGAGUUUCUUCUAAGUCCUGGCCACGCCCUUCACUUCAAUGGGAGGGGCCUGGAAGGCGUGCAGACUUGCCUUGGGCUGUAACCAGCCUUGAGUCUGCAAGGGUGUCUGUUUUUCUGCUCUGCUUUGUAAGAGCCCAGAGAUGUUGGGAACUGAGUUUGGGGCGGUAUGUUGGUAAAGAAUUAUGGCCAAAAUCAGAAGUGGGGGCUGGGAAGUGGGAAGGGGGAAAUUGUAGGAAAAAUGAUUUUUUAAAAUACUGAUGACAUGUUCAAAGUGUUAAUUCUUCGCCACCACAAACUGUACUGUUUUGUUGUCAUCCCAAACCAUCACAGGGUCACUGAAAGCGAGUCAAUUAAUCAACACUAGUCAAAACUACUAACUUUUAAGGCUUCCCAAACAGUUCUGAGGACAGAAAGAGCUGGUGUGGCAGUUCUGUGCUGUGGGCAUCCGGCCGCUGAGAAGUGAGACAACAUAAUUAUAGCUUCAUUGAUGAUGCAGCAUCAUUCGUGCUCUUUGGUUCAACAUGAGGACAUUAGUUCAUUUAGAAUUUUCCAUUCAACGUUCUCUCCUUCUUGGGUAGGAGUUGUACUCGGGGGUUGUAAAUAAUGACAAGGCUGAGAUUUCUAUUAUGUUUAAAAUGGGCACCAUGAUUUUGACCUUAUUUCUCCAAAUUCCCUUCUUUUCUUGUGUUUGACAUACACAGGCUAUUUAUACAUGUA